AUGUGCAAAAUGAUCAAGAAACUAGUGUGCAAGGGUAACUUAAUUGGGUGGGGGAGAGGGGGAGGCACAAGGUUCUAUCCCGAGCACAACUACCAGAAACGGAAAAGGGGUGGGGUGGGGGCCCAACUGCCAAAUACAAACAGGACCCGAGCCAAGGGCGGGGACCUACGCUGGGCGGGGAUCCAGGAAGCACCUCCCGAGCAGGUUCUAUGGCGCCCCCUACCACGGGUAACCUUCUGCGUUUCCUCUCCCCGGGCGUCUUGGGUAAGCGCCCGACAAACCUGCGCCCCUAGGCCGGUUCCAGACCGGCUCCGGAGCCACCGUGCCGAGUCCCCCCAGGCCGCACUCACCCCGGAGGAAGCCUUGGCCCCCUCGUCCUCCUCGCCCCUCCAGGCCGGCGACGUGGGGCUGACGGCCAGGUCGCAAAAAGCGGCGCCGAGCGGAGCCCGCUCCCCUCGGUCGGCGGUGGAGACCCCGGCCCAAUCCCCCGGCCGCAGCGGCACAGCGGCGACGGCGGCAGCUGACCCGGAAGCAGUGAGAGAUCCAGACGGAAGUGACGUCACUCCGACGUCCUCCGGGCGCGGCAGCGGAGGAGGCGGUGGCGGAGGCGUGGCGUCCCCUAGAAACCCACACAGCACCCCCCUGGCCCACUCAGACCGCCCGGGCUGUCGCUCGCGUCAGCCUUCCUCGCCUCUGGGCAGACCCGUCGCUUCGAGUCCUUAUUGGUGGCGUUUACCGCGCCUCGAGGCGUUUCUUCUUUGUUGUGCGCUGGGACGCUGCCCUGUAGUCUCCGUCAUUUUUGUUUUCUUUUUGCCUCUCUUUAUGGAACAUUACAACGGAUUCUCACUUUGUCGCCCAGGCUGGAGUGCAAUGGUGUGAUCUCUGCUCACUGCAGCCUCUGCCUCCUGGGUUCAAGCAACUCUCCUACCUCAGUCUCCUCAGUACCUGGGACUACAGGCACGUUCCACCAUGCCUGGCUAAUUUUUAUAUAUUUAAUAGAGAUGGAGUUUCACCAUGUUGUCCAGGCUGGUCGGUCUCUGACUAGUUGCCUCCAGCGAUCUGCCCACCUCAGCCUCCUGAAAUGCUGGAAUUACAGGCGUGAACCACCUCGCCGGGCCAAGACUGCCUCUUCUUGCAAGAGUUUUUGUAAGAGUUCCUUAUCCAACCUGGAGGACACAUGCUGAAACUUACUCUUUCUUUUUUUUCCAUUUUAAUAAUUCUUUUUUGUGUUUUGACUGUUAAAAAAAAAACAUUUCCUAGCAAAUAUUUCUUGGCUCAGCUAUAUAUAAGGUAUUAAUAAAAUUAUAUAUAAAAAAAUGUGUAUACUUUUAGGUUCUUCUAGGUAGGGUACAAUAUAUUUCCAAAGGUGUCCUAGGGGCCUCUUAAAUAAGGAAUCUUUUUGUUACACUAAUAAAUCUAUUCAAAAUGAA